AUGGUCAAAGAAGCCUUCUUAGCCGCUGUUUCAAAUAAGAAAAUUGUUUUUUUGGUUGCCGCUGAUGAAAAAUUCCGUCCAAAGAUUUGUAACACUAAUGAUGUAUUCACCGCUAAAUUAGAAACUCUUCUUCCUCACAAGGCACCUACUCUUUAA